AUGGACCCGGAUAUUGCGAGGGAGUUGGCGAUGAUGGGGCCGCCAGGAGAUUUAACGCCGCCAUUGGAGGAGGACGAAGAGGAUGAUCCUGCACCGGCGUAUACGCCCCGUGUUGCUCCGCAGUUACGAUCGAAUUACGGCGGCGAGGAGGGUGUUAUGGAUCGGAACAACAAUGGCGAGGGGCCGAUUCUGGAAGAUAAGGAAAGACUUCCCCGGGCGGGCUAA